UCUUUACCUCCUAGUGAUUUUUGUCCAAAUAAUAUUAAUCUGUCAAUUGUAUUACCAUUCAUCCAUUACUUCUAAGUAAGUGGCAAAACAAUAAAAAGCACUAAUCGUGGAUGAAUGGAUUUCAGAAGGUUUUUUUUAAAACAUUCUCGAAGAAGGUAUCAAACAUCAAAAUUUAAGCAAUAAAACAUCUAUAUUAACAAAUUCAUUUAUUUUUUUAAUCACCCACAUUCAUUUAUAUAGACUAUUUACUCACCUAUAAGUGACUAACAAAAAAAGAUAAAAGAUCAUAAAAUGGGAAAGAAAAUAAUUUUUUCAUCAACUGUUAGGAAAGGUACUGACAUGGGCUUAGGGCUGCUCUCCAACUAGCCAAGCAAAAAAGAAAAAGGGGGUUAGGGGAGAGCUAUUCAAUAUUCAUAAUUCUGUAAUAGGAAGUAACCCACUUGAUAAGGAGGGGUUAUUUCUCCCCAGUUUUCAGAGUAAUUUGCCACCCAAGCAACAUAGGACAGUUUCAUCAAUGGUAACUUAAAAGGCAAACAUUCUACAUAUAGCUAUUAUACUGCUCUGUAGAAAAAUCCCAAAUGCAUAAUGUCAGUUCUGCCAAGGCAAUUCAGUAGUACAGAUAAGGAUCAGGGGUGUAUAGUUCUAUAAAGGACGACCAGGAUUAUAGUCUGGAAAAUCCUGAAACAUGUAGGAUAGCAUUCCUCUUGAAUAACAAUUGUUUCCUAGAAUCUUUUGGGACAGAUACCUGUUAAAAUAGUUAUAGAGGUUUAUUAGAUACCCAGUGAAGUGCUUAUACUAAAGCCUCUGUGAAAAGUCAAGUGUCACAAUGCAUUAUUUACAGGAUUGUUUUUCUGCUUCCUGGACUUGUUACCUUCAGACAGGCCAUAAUUCAUUCAGUAAAAGGUCAUUCUUUCAAAAGGACUAAUCUUCAAGGCUGUAUUAGCCAGAAGAAAAGAGAGAGAGACCCAGUUUAGAUGCAGAGCGGUUGCUAGGGGUAAACAAAUUAUCACCAUUGUCUCCAUGAGCCAUCACUUAGGCCUUCUGCAUGGGAGCCUUUUGAAUGAGAAGACUGAUGUGGAAGGAACCUUAUUUGUUUACACAAGGUCUGCUUCUCCAAAGCAUGGGUUCACCAUUAUGAAUAGGCUGAGCAUGGAAAACAGGACAGAACCCAUUACUAAAGACCUGGAUUUCCAGCUUCAGGACCCUUUCCUUCUCUACAGAAAUGCCAGAUUGUCCAUUUAUGGAAUUUGGUUUUAUGAUAAGGAAGAGUGCCAAAGAAUUGCAGAGCUUAUGAAAAACCUAACUCAGUAUGAACAGUUGAGAGCCCAUCAAGGAGCUGGAGCAGGAGUCUCCCCAAUGAUCCUCAGUUCAGGAGAGGGGAAGGAAGUAGAUAUCUUACGAAUGCUCACCAAGGCCAAAGAUGAAUAUACAAAGUGUAAAACCUGUUCUGAACCAAAACAAAUAACCAGUUCAUCCGCCAUUUACAACAACCCCAAUCUCAUCAAACCAAUUCCAGUGAAGCCCGGUGAGAACCAGCAGCAGCGCAUAGCUUGGCCUGUCCAGACCUUAGACUCUGAAACCCAACACUUGUCCUUGACAGCGCUCUUUGGGAAGCAGGACAAAGCUUUGGGUCAGGAAACUGUGGAGUCUCCACAGACCCUCCAGCAGCAGCAGCAGCAGCAAGAGAAGUUCCCGAUUGGGAAGGGGGUUGUACGUUCCCUGUCCUAUGAGGAACCCAAAAGACACUCACCCCCUAUUGAGAAGCAGCUAUGUCCAGCCAUUCAGAAACUCCUGGUCAGUGCAGAUCUCCACCCAUUGUCAGAGCUGCCUGAAAACCAGCCCUGCAAAAAUGGCAGUACCCAUUCUGCUGGGGAGGAUGUCGUUGGACCUGCCCACCCAGGCUCUCCCCGGAAGACUGGGACUUCUCAUCGUGUGCACAGUGCUUCCAGAACUCAGAACCUGUUAGAGAAGCUGCAGAGUGCCCCAGGGGUAAUGAACAAGUAUGACCCCAGUACACCAGCACUUGCCAACUCAGCUGCCCCAAGCUUCAGCAUAGCCCUCACUGCUGCCACCCCUGCAACUCCAGUCAAGGGGGUGGCUCAACAACCACUGUUAUAUUUCAAUGGCUCCCUUCCACCUCAGGUGCUAGGACUUCAGGCUCGUGAAAAAGAACAGUCCACAAUCCCAAGACAAAUGCUCCCUUUCUCUGGCAAUCAGGCCAGUGGUUCUGGAGUGAUCUCCCCUCAAGAGUUACUGCAGAGGCUGCAGUCUGUGCAGCAGGAGCAGCAGCUGCAUACGUUCAACCGACCAGCCUUGGCGGCUAAAUUUCCUGUGCUAAUCCAGAGCUCGAGAACAGGGAAGUCCUUGGAAUCCUGGAUUAACAGGACAUCCAGCGCAGACAAGCAGCCUCCUCUUUUCCAGGUGAUCUCACCUCAGUGCAUCCCUGCUACAGCUGCUCCUUCUCUGCUCAUGUCCCCCAUGGUGUUCGCACAACCCACCUGCAGCCCACCAAAGGAGAGGGACAGUGGGCUCUUGCCCCUUGGAAGCCAGGAAGCAGCUGCCGCCUCCACGAGCCUCCUCCUGCCGCUGCAGAGCCAGGAGCCCUCCAUACUCAGCAGCAGCCCACUUACCAAGCUGCAACUUCAGGAAGCCCUGCUGUUUCUCAUUCAGAAUGAUGACAACUUCUUAAAUAUAAUCUACGAAGCGUAUCUCUCCAACAUGACACAAGCAGCCAUGAAAAAGACUAUGUGAAAGCAAAAUACUUUAAAACUGAUUUUCAAGGUCCUCCAGCUCAAGGUUCUUUCCUGUUAAGUGUUGUUACCCUAAAUGUUUCUGCCUUUUUAAAAACAGUGUGUGUGAUAUGAAGUAAAUGUUUCAGACAUUUUUUUCGUCAAGCUCUUUUUAAAAACAAAAAAACAAGUCCUUUAGCAUACCUGGUACUAAAAAUUGAAUGGGUAAAAAAAGGUUUUUGCUAAUAUCACAAAGUAAAUGCCAAAAUUAAUUUUUUUUUCUUACGUGUAUGGGACCAUUUGGAGAAAAAUUAGCCUCCACACAGAGGGCUGUUCUGGAAACUUGGUUUCUUUUUCAAAAGCUCUGGUUAGUCUGUGGACAUAGAUCACCUGUCAUGUUCCUGUUGCCAAGCUUUGCGUGCCUAAUUGCACGCCCACCACAAGGUGGCAGUGUCACCCGCAGACUCACCUGUGCAGCCCUUACCACCACUUUGGAAGUAAUGCUGGUUUGCUUGUACCAGACAAAAUAAACCUUCUGUUUGUAAAAAUCCAAUUGGCAUAUUUUCCUCGGGCCUUUGAAGGAAAUUAUUUAUAAAUGUAUUUAUAGCUAGUUUCUAGAGGAGAGUUGUUCUAGGAGUCUGUCCACAAAUGGCCCAAUUUCCAGUAACACCUCUUUUAUCCCCGCUCACGCUGUUUCUUUUGGACUCAACCGGUAGAAUAUGCCUGCCUAUAUUUCCAGAUGAACAUUUUAUUGCCUUUAGCAAAACGUGCUGAGAUGAAGGUCACAGAGGGUUUUAACAUCUUUUCUUAGCUUUUAAGGAUGGUUUGGAGGCAUAGUGAUAAGGCUUCUUCAAGCUCUGUAGCAGAUUGGUCUUUAUAUUCAGAAAUGAGGAGCUCAGCCUUGGGAGGGAUCAGAGAGAGCCCUUGCCAGGAUGUUAAGGCCAAAAAGAGUGGGCCUGGGAAUUACUUUCUGCUGAGUAUUAGUAAUAAAUAAAGCUUUGCAUUUCUAUAGCCCUUUUUAUUCUGGAUCAUAAAAAAGAUAUUUAGAUGACUGCACAGAAGUACUUCUAUUCUCAUUUUAUAGGUCAUAAAAGGAGGCACAGGAAAAGUAGGUCCCCUCACAGCUUCUUACUUAGAGAACUGGGCUUUUGGCUCUAGACCUUUAUUCAGGCGCACCAUCAAGCAAAGGGCUGAUCUGAGGACCACCUCCGGCUUCUCGCAGGAGAGUACUUCUGAGGAGAAGGGGUGGGUGGGAAGGCAGUGACACCCACUGAACCCUCGUUAUGUGCACAAGGCAGAGGACUCUGCUGUUGUCCUCCUAUGUUUGGGAAGGAAUGGUCUCUUUUGUUUCUUUGAUAUCUCCUACAACAUCUAGCACAGUGAAAAACCCAUGUGAUAUUCUGACAGAAUACUUGGGAUUGAUUGGUAAUUGCUCAUAUAAUAUCUUAAUAUUCUUAUGAGGAGACUGGGGCAAGGAGAGAGACACUCAUGGACCCAUUACCUAAAAUCGAUGACUGUGCUCACUUCGGGAAUACAGAGACUAAAACUGGAACAAAAUCAAUGAUAUACAUAACUGCUGGCCACCUUUCUUUUUUUAUCUCUUUGAUCUUUAUUACAUGUUUAGAGUUUCUUCUCUCAGUAAGGAGAAAUGAAUUCCAUUCUAAAUGUUUCUAAUAUAUUUGAGAUAGCAACUGGCUAAUUUCAUGAAAAAAAUUUUUACCUCAGCAUUAAAUAGAUAAGAUAUAAAGAAAUAUCAGUUGCAGCAGCUAAUAUGAAAAGAUGCACAUGAGUGAUAAAGGAAUGGACCCCAGCCCAAGCGUAGACAGACCUGCACUGCAGGCUACACCCGGGCCUCUGUGGGUCAGCACCACAGGAAUUGUUUUGAAAGUAGUAAAGUCUCUAUCCGUUACUAGAAUGAUAUACUUUCACAGUGACAGGCCCAAUUCAUUUGGACCAAAGACUAAGUUACCAUCUUAAAGGACACUUGGUUCUGAGGUACUUAUUCCUUCUAUACAGUGAAGCAAAGAAGACCUGUGAGGAAUGGAUCAAAGGGGUUAUCUAAGGCACCCAAAAUUAGAUCUCAUAUAUAAAACAAACUUUUUUUCUUCCCAUUGCCACCACAAAUUCUGAGACCAGCACUGACCCCACUCCCAGGCAUCGCUGACUCCCAGGCAGCAGAUCCGAGCUAACUGAAUUCAGACAGAACCCUGAGAUUCUGUUCCUAAAGGCAGCAUUGCCCGAUGCUGUGGGUUUCAACCUUGUCUAAGUUAUAGAAGUCAGUUCUGCCUGGUGCAGAGGACAGAACACAGGCUUUGUCAGACAGACUCGCCUUCGGUACCUGGACAAGUUUCCUCACAUACUGUUUUCAUUUGUAAAAGGAAAGUAAUAACCACCCAACAAGGCCCUUAUGGGUAUUAACUAGGAGCAACACAUGUAAAAUGCCUCCUCCUGCCACGCACUCACAAGUACGAGUUCCCUCCUGCCCCUCUGCCUCAUCUGCUGUGCCCAGGCCCCAACACCAGGUUGAGGCCCCCCGAGGCUGGGCUGCACUCCAGCCGCCAGCCACCAUGUGUUCUGACUGACAUUGACAUGUAUGUCUCUGGGCACUUAGCUCUACUCUGUUCUCCCUUCACUUCUUUUUUUAAAAAAUAUAUUUUAUUCAUUAUGCCAUUACAGUUGUUCUAUUUCCCCCCUUCAUUCCCCUCCACCCUGCACCCUCCCCCACCAUUCCCCCCCUUUAGUUUAUGACCAUGUGUCUCAAGUUCUUUAGAUUCUGUAUUUCCCCUACUAUUCUUGCCCUCCCCCUAUCUAUUUUCUACCCACUGUCUAUGCUACUUAUUUUCUGUACCUUCUCCCCCCUUCUCCUUCUCCCACUCCCCUGUAGCUAACCCUCCAUGUGAUCUUUAUUUCUGUGGUUCACUCCUGAUCUAGCUGUCCUCUUAGUUUGCUUUUGUUUUAGGUCUGCCACCUUGAGCCCUCAGUGGGUCUGCCCGCUGCUACUCCACACCUGGGAUCCGCCCAUGGCUGCCUGCUCUCUGGGUUGCUUGCCUGGGUCGGUCCAGGGUCGGUCCAGUGUAUCUUUCCUGCCCGACCCCGCUGCACUGCUGGCUUCGCCCCUCUUACUGAUCUGGCCGGGUCUGGCUGAAAGGUUCAUUGUUGUCAGACUUCCACAUAGUUCAGUUUUCUGUGAUUUGGCUGCGUUUUUGUUGCUAAAACUUUGUUGUUUUUAAACUUGGUUGUGCGAGAAGGCACAGGGUUUCCACCUACGCCUCCAUCUUGGCAGAAGUCUCUCUCCCUUCACUUCUUUAUCAAUAAAAUCAUGCUUAUCCCUUCCUGCCAAAGCAAGUGCCAUGAGCUCUUUAAGACAAAGAUGCCAGUUUAACCCAAGAUGUUAUUGUUGUUACUGCCCUACAUUUAUUGGUGAAGUACCAUUUUAAUAGCAGAGCCAGAGAAGACAGUGCUAUUUGAUAGAAUUUAUAGUCCCUGAACAGUCUUCUGAAAGGACACACAUUGCUCGGUCUACCCCCUUGGAAUGCCAGGCAUGGUGAUAGUUGGAGAUUGAGAAAAACCUUUGUUAGCAUCUUGAAGAAUUCCUGGUGUGUGGUCCCAGCUCUUCUGAUAUACACGAAUGGUUUCUUCCAGCUAGUUCAAAGGUAGACCAGGGCGAAAUAUUCCCAGGCUGGGGUUCUCCCCUGAAGGCACAUGUUGCUUGCAUCUGGUACAUUUAUUCUUCCCUCAAACACUGUUAGCCCAACACUUUUCUAAUGUCCUCGUAUGGACAGAACUCUGCUUUCUUCCUCUUCAAUGAAGAGGGUGCAAAUCAGAGAAGAAAGUGCCUUUCCUCCUAAAGAAAUGUCAACUAUUGAAUAGCAUUAGCCCUAUUUAGUUCUCUUGGGUGCUAAAGAGAAAACAAACAGUUGACACAUGUUAAGACUUAUGUCCCUGGUAUUAUAAUUUAAGGAUGGGAGGUAUCAGUCAAAGACUAAGCCUCUGAACAUCAGGCUUCACUUAGGUUCAACUAUAUGUUAGUGCAGACACAGGGAAUAAAAGAAGCUCAAAAUUAACUGCAGGGAUAGUUCAUUGUUUGGCAGGGCUGGGGUGGGGUAGAGGUGUAGGGUUAGGAGUGAUGUCUCCAGACUGUGGACAAAUUGGCUGCUUGCGUGCACCUCCUGGCAAUAUAGAAGCCUUUUUUUUUUUUUUUUUCAUAGUUUCUGCUGUAUUUAGACAGGUAUCUCCUCCCUUUUCAAUGAAAUCAGCUUUCUUCUCAGGCUUUGGAAUGUCGAACCAACUUUAAGGUUAAAUUCACCAUUUGCAGCCAGCAGGUUGUAGCACCACUUCAUCAUGCAGAGUUGCCUGGCUGCAGAGAUGGGUGGAUCUCACCAACAUCUUGCUGAAUACUUGAUUUUUAGGCUUCAAAUGCUCUCCUUACAAAUAGGGGAGUGAGAGGGGCACUUUCAAAUACUUGUUAUAUUUAACUCAACCUUGAGUAUUAAAUAGAGUUUUACCAAAUUGAGUUAUGAGUAGUGCCUUCCAACAGCUCAGAGCCCUGAGAGAAGUACACAAAUAAAACUGUGUGUGCAGGUGAUAGUCUUAAAACAUAGGGUGAUGGCUGGAAGCAGAGCCCCAUCAGUCAUGUUUUCCAGGGGCUGGGCCGUGGAGACAGGCAUUGUGGCUCUGAGCCAGCUAGCACAGCCCAAACUAUGCAGCCCGAAUUAAGGGCACAGCAGGAAGGAAGCAAAGAAUGCUCUAAAUAACCAAGAGAAAGGGUGGGAGACCCUACAGUUGUAAGCCAAAAUCUAAGAAUACUCCCACAAGUCUGAGGACAAAGAUAAAAGUCACUGAAUAUCUAGGUGAAAGGUGAGGAAGAACAUACCAAGGAGGUUGGCUGGCAUUGAAACAGACACUUGAGGGCAGUGUUGGGAGUGCCCAGCCUUCGUGACACUGUGCUGUUGUACAGCAAGGCCACCAGGCCGGAAGGCAAGAUGCCUGCAGGGGCCUGUGAUGAAGGUCGCAAGUCCCUUCCAGCUGUGUCUACACACAGCGCUAUGAAAGACAUAGCCUAGGUAGAGGAGGCUUCAGCUCCUCUGAGGAUUUUUUUCUCACUUCCUACCACCUGGCCAAUAGGUAACGCCAACCAUGACUUUUCUCAGCACAGCUAGAGCCUAAGUAAUCCAUUUCAGAGCUCCAAAGACUGAGAAGGCAGUCUCAACAUCUAGGUUGCCGUGAGUUCCUUAUCCCACGUUACUCCGAGUCAAAGAGAUCUGGAUUCUAAUCCUGCCACCUGCUAUCUUUUUCCUCAGCCAAGUAUCGGGGGGAAAUUCUCAUGUAUGGUUAUCAUGCCAACAUAGAAAUUGUUGCCUUGGGUCGGAGAAAACCCAUCCAGUUUAUGCAGUGGCAUUGUCCAUUGCCCCAAUGGAAUAUGCAUGGGAAGAGCUUGUGCUUCACGCCCAUCUGUCUCAAAGGUGAGGUGCAUCUCAGCUUCUCUGUGUUGCCAUGUAUAGCUCAUCAUAAAUCUGUCCGGAAUUCUGUUUCUUGCUUCCAAACUUUGUGCCCAUAGCACUUUCCAGGGUUAUGAGUUUCUUAGGUUUUAUUCCCUUCUGUGUACAUAGUAGUUCACUAGGUAUGCCCAGGGACUAAGAAGCUGUGGGUUGAUGGGAAAUCUGUAAGUAACAGACCCUUAUAGGAUGAGGGGCCAGCCUGUUCUGCAGAGCCAGCCUGUGUGUGAAUGUCCAUGACCUGUCAGAAGCCCCUGAAUUCCCCAGACCAGUCAGUAAUGUCACCUAAGGGUUGUUCCUAGGUUUGGGUUCCUGAAAAUUUUUUAUCCUCCUCAAUGCGUUUCCUUCCCCCUUAGUCUGCUUUCACUGGGAGAUAUCAGAGAAAUGUGCCUCGUUUGCUUGUGUAUAUUCAGAAAGCAUAUCUAUUUUUCCCAUCCACUGGAAGUGAGCUGCUUUCCCCCAAACUCUUUACCACAUGCCAUGUUGGGGGGGGGGUGCUUCAUUCAUUCAUUUAUGCAUGUAUUCACUCAGGAAUCAUGUGCCAUUCUCUGUGUGCCAAUACAAAGUUGAGUAAGACCUGGUCCCCUCCCCAAGGAUCUCACAGUCCAGCUGAAGGGAGACUAGUUAUAAAACAUGAAAAGGACAAUAAUUGAUGUGCUUGGGAUGUAAUGACUCCGCUAAGGCAGACAGGAGGUUGAGAGGAGGCUUCUAGGCAGAGUGCCUAAGCUGGUUCUUAAAGGGUAGGUAGAGGGUUGACAAAAUGGACGUAGCCAGGUGUUCAAGCAAAUAAAAGAUGACAGGAGAUAUGAAGUCAAGAAACGAAGGUGUGUGCGUGUGUGUAUGUAACUGGACAGGGCAUAGAGAGGCAGAGUACCUGCUAUGCAGAGUUGCUGAAACUUAAAUGGAGAGAGAGAGGGUGGCAGGAGAUGUGACUGAAGAAAGCACAGGCCAAACUCUGUACAAUAGGGGCUCAUUGAUGGAUCAAGCAUGGAGGGCUAUGAUCAGAUCUGUAAGAGAAGGAGGGAGUAGGGGAGAGAGACAGUGGGCAGUAGAGAUGCCUUCAGGAGAUAGCAGUGCUGGUCCCACUGGGAAAGGAUGAUGGUCCGAUCUCAGGCAAUGAUGGCUGAGAUGUAAAAAAGAGAGAAGAGACAGAUUUAAGAGAUACUUAGGAGACAAAAUUGCUAAAUCUUAGUUAAUGAUGAUCUGUGAUUAGUAAAGGAGAAGUCAAGAAUGACCCCCAGGUUUCUAGCUUGGUUGACUGGGUUGACGAUAACCUAGAGAUCAAAUGAGGACAUGCUGGCUAGAGUUAACAGUAAUAACAGAUAGCCCCUAUUUAGUUCUUCAUAUGUACCAGGCACUAUUCUUGGCACUUAGCAUGUUACUUCAUUUGUCCUUCACUGAAACCCUGCAACAUAUCCCCUAUUUUAUGGCUGAGGAACCUGGAAUUAAGUUCAUUUCUUCUUAAUUGUACCUUUUUACUCAGUCUAUUCAUCGGCAGAACCGUUCCUUCUCACAGCCCAGACGAAUGCUGGGAUGGCAAGGAGGCAGCAUGAUGUCCACAUUUGCAGGCUGGCCUAGGCUUGGGCCUAUAGCAAAUGCUUCCCAAGCCUAGAUUCCCCCCACAAUUGAUGACAGCAGGACAGAGUUGGUCUUAGGAAUGAGGAGAUCUGGGUCCCAUGGGCCCAGACUGACAACCUCCCAGAGUCCAAUCCCAAUAUUCUGUUGUUCUCCCUGGGUGUCAGCAAAGGGCCCCAUGGCCCCCUCAUGGUCUCUGGCUCUCACAAAGUCACUCUUGAAAGCUUCCUGACCUCCCUGGGCAGAAAAGUUUGUGUCUCUGCCUGUGUUUCCCAGGCAGAACCCCUCAGCAAGCUCUGGGGGCCUUUCACCCACUCCAGCUGCCACCCCUUGGUUCUCCUGAGGGAAGCAGCAGCCACUUCACAUUGGUACCUCAGAUAUCCCCUUGGUUGAAUGAAUUGAAAUGUGGUGGCCAAGGGAAGGGCUGGGAGCUGGGUACUGCUCUCUCCUCCUCCCCACUACCCAGGCCUAGCUACCUGUAGGGUGCUCUGCCCUUAGCGAAUGCCCCAACCAGGGCACUUGGAGGCAGCCUCCUGCAGAGGUCAGGACAAGGCCUAGGAGACCUAGGUUCUAGUUCACCCAUUACUAUUAACCUGCUGCAUGGCUCCACCACCCCGCACCCUGUAUGUCAGCUUCUCUGUUUUUAAAAAGAUGGUUGGACAUCAUAACAAAGAACAACAGCCUCCCAUAUGAGGAGCUCUUUGCAGUUCCUAUGAACCAGGUCUUGUUGGGGCCAUUGCUUGCAGAAGGACCUGUGACAGCUUUUGGUCCAGUGGGGCUGUCCUGAUUUGGGGGAUAUUGGGGACCCCUCCAUAGCUCAGAUGCAGGUGCGCCAUCCUUUGUUCCAUCACACUCCAAUGGGGAAAAGUAAAGGCCCGCAACUCCACAGUUCAACCUCAGCUGGGGCCUGCAGAGCCUCAGAGGAAUUUUGCAGGAACAGAGGUCCUUUCAGUUCUCACGACCAAAGAUUCUGGAGAUGCAAGUUCUCUUUCUUUUUUAGAGCAACUCAGUUGUCAUCAAUAGAAUGACCCCAUAAUCGAGCAUCCAAGUGAGGAUACUUCUGGGCAUGAACUAUUCAUAAUUACAGCAGAUAGUGGGCAUGAACUUGGAGCAUCCUGGGCAAAUGGGGACAAGUCGCCACCAAGUGUCUCACCAUAUAUGCCCUGCCACUGGCCAGCCCCAAACAAGCACAAGUUCAGCCAUUCAGUUAGCAUCGGCCUUAGACUAAGCCUAAAAGAAACCAGACAGCAGGCAAAUAGCCACCCCUGGAGUCAGGAAGCUGAGUUCUGAGCCCAGUUCUGCCAUUAAUUUGCUGUAUACAACUAAAGCCAGGUCAUGUGAACACACUGAGCCACAACUUCCUUUGUCAAAUGAAGGGUUUGAACAACCUGUGGUUUCUUCCAGCCUCAACAUGCAGCUCUCUUUCUCCUUUGGGGUCCUUCCUUUUUCACUAAGGUGUAAGCUCAAGGGAGGUCACUACCAAAGGUGGCCUUUUGUCUUGAGUGUAAAAUGACUACCGCAUUCUCUGCCUCCACUACUACCUGGAGACAGGCCCCCCCAUGCCAAGGACAGGGAUGCUUUGGAGUUUUGUGAGAUGGCUUUGUAUCCUGUUUGGGCUCUGCCAUUGAUUCCUUCUGAGGUCCUGCAAGUUACCCACCAUUUCUUAGCCUCCCUUAGAGAACCAGGUGCCAGCUCCGCAUCAGCAGGUACAGUGGUCCUAGGCCGGCCCCGUGGCCCCUGCCUGCUUCUCUCAGGUGCCCUUUUGUGCUCAGCUUGAGACCCCUCUUUGACCUUGGCCAAAGGCACUGAUUAUAAUCAGUGAACCUGAGGAAGGAUUUUGUGAGAUGAUAAUCCAACCCUCCAUUUCCAGGUGAAGACACAGGCCCAGAGAGGGGUUUGGACCUGCCCAAGGCCAUGCAACUAGUUAGUGGUGGAACCAGGACCACUGCAACUGCCACCUUGGACUUCAGUGGCCUCUGUCCCCAGCACAGCACAGUUCUCCCCCCAAGGGACUCAGGCAUCAGUCAACCUUUAGGAACUGUUGAUUUAUAAAGCUGCUGCGUUUCCUUCCAGCUUCUGAAGUGUUUUACAGGCAUUAAUUAAGGAAGGUUCUCAGCAAGCCCAGGAGGGAAGGAAGGAAAGAGUUUGAUGGGGAGAUUCUUCAAAGGACCAGUUUCCCCUGCUAGGUGCCUCUCCUGUUUUUUCUGUAACUCUUCAGUCUCCUCAGACACACACAUGCACAUGCACACCAGCCCAUUUCUAGCAGCCUUCUGGUGUCCUCCAUAACAGAGCUCUGCUAACUUAUUCUGAUUGUGUCUCUGAUGCAUCCUGGAGCUUUGUCCCCAGUAGUUUGACCCCAACCAGCAGUGUGCAGGGGAUGCUCCAUAGUCAGAGUCACUUCACCUCACACACCCUCCCACCAGCCUCCCCUCCUCCCAAAAUUCAUUCCUGAAUGUUUUGCACACUCCAGCUCAAGUCAUCUCCCAUGCUGUGGAGAAAUAAUCCUUUAUUUGCUUUCUCAUUACGGUGAGAGGGGUUCACAGGGGAAGCCCAGGACCAAGAGGCAGGUACUUCAGUGUCUGUGCUAGAGCACUGGGUCAGCUCCCAGGGGCUACCAUAACACAGCACUGCACACUGAGGUUUAAACAACAGAAAUACAUCAUCUCACAGUUCUGAGGCAGAAGUCUGAGAUUAAGGUAUCAGCAGGAUCGGUUUAUUCUGAUGGCCAUGAGGAAGCAUCCAUUCUAUGACUUUUGCUUACCUUCUGGUGGUUUCUUGGCAAUUUUGGCUUCCUUGGCCUACAGAAGUGUCACUCAGUCUCUUUCUUUAUCUUCAGAUGGUGCCUUCCCUGUGUGCAUGUCUGUCUUCCAACUUCCCCUUUCCAUCAGAGCACCAGAAGUAUUGGAUCAGGGCCUACCCUAAUCCAGGAUAACCUCACCAUGACUAAUUACAUCUGCCACAACCCUAUAUUUGCAAAUAAGAUCACAUUCUGAGGUACUGGGGGUUAGGACUUCAACAUUUGAAUUUUGGGUGGGCACCAUUCAACCCAAACAACUAUGUUACUGAAAUUCCAUAAAUCAGGGUCCUCUUGGACUAAUUAGUGUCUGUACUGGUGGCCUGAGUGACUCACAUGAGAAAUGUUCCUGUUUAGACACCAAGACCCACCAACCAGUGGCUGGGGUUCUAUAGCUAGAGAGCUGUAUGUAUGAGUUCCUUCACAACUGGCCGUGGUGGGUACAAACCAAUGUUGAACACACAGCUCAGGUGUAGUCUGGCGUACCUUCCAGUGAGGAGGACACUGGGCAUGAGAGGUUUUAACCCCAAGAGCCCAGAGUUAGAGCUCUGUCUUGUGUUCUUUGUCACUGUCUUAGGUUGCAUUUUUGAUGUUCAUCAGACCAAGGUGGCCUGCUCUUGGCAAGAAGGAGCUGGUGUUCUUCUGACUGUAGAGACCCACAACUCUCAGUGUUCAUUUGGUUUAAGUUUCUAAUGGCUAUGCUUAAUUCUAUGCUUAUUCUACCUUAAUUCUGACUCCCUAUACUGCCACUGUGGCUCUUUCAUUUUCAUUGCUUCUCUUUCUCUCUCUCUUAGGCAUGCAAAAAAAAAAACAAACCCUGAAUUAAUCAUACUCCUUAGUUUAUAUAAACCUUUAUUAUCAGUUUGGACAAAGACCCUUUUUAAUUUUACUCAUUUCUUCCCUCUUAUGUCCAAGCCCCGCUUCAUUGCCUUUCUUCCCAACAGCAUCCCCUGCAUCCAUUCUGUUUGGUCCAAUGUGCUCCUUCUUGUUCAUCUGAGUUCUUGCAAAAUGUGUGUUGUUUUGUGUCCAUCAAUUUUAUUUUAAUUUCUGUUGAAGAUAACAUGCAUACAUAAAAAAUGCAGGCUCUUAAGUGGAAAACUCAAUGAAUUUUAAGAAUAACUGUACACAUGGGCCAGCCAUCUGUGUUAACCUGCCACCCAGAUUAAGAUCUGAACACAUCCAGUGCUCCUGAAGGUUGCUCACACCCCUUCUCUGUCAAAAGUAACCCCCAGAGUUACUGUCCUUCUGAUCCCUACCAUCAUAGACUGCUUCCCUGAAUUUCAGAUAAAUGGAGUUACAUAGCAUAUAGUCUUUAUCAUCUUUUUUACCUGGCUUCUUUGACUCAUGUUGUUUUUACCAGUGUAUGGCAUUUAGUCAUGUGAAUCUUUGAAUUGUUAGACCUGUUGAUGGACCUCUGCAUGUCUCCAAGGUUAUGACUUUCAUGAAUAAAGCUACUAUGAUUUUUUUUGUGCA